UGCUAUGUUAUCAUAAAACCUGUUAGUAGUUGAAAUAAUUGUACAGUAAUGAUAAGACAAGUACAAUUAAUGAGGUCAAGUAUUCAGUAGGCUUCAUUGUAGCGGGUCUCUCUCACUUGCCUCCCCACCUAUCGGCGUUAGAGGGACGCUAGGGCACAAGUUGCACACUGAUAGUGACAGUGGACAGACCUGAUGCAGUUUGUCUGUGUUCUUCAAGCUGUACGGAAGUGUGACCAUUUUAAACGAAGACCUCUCACGGAGUCACCUGGGCAUGCUGGGGACUCUGAACACGAGGAAUGUACGCCGACUGGUGGCAAAGCGCCUGCCGCUGUUGAACUGGCUACCCUAUUACAAGCCAAGCAUCGCGGUGGCUGACCUGGUCGCAGGCGUCACAGUGGGCCUGACACUCAUCCCGCAAGCCAUUGCCUACGCAUCCCUCGCGGGACUCCACGCACAAUAUGGUCUGUAUUCUGCCAUGGCGGGUGCUGUGGUCUACAUCAUGUUUGGGACCUGCAAGGAAGUGAACAUCGGUCCCACGGCGCUGAUGUCACUGCUCACUUACACGUACACGCACGAAACAAACCCGGACAUGGCGGUGCUUCUGUGUUUCCUCACCGGCUGUAUAGUGUUUCUGUGUGGCAUCCUGCAGCUGGGGUUUCUGGUAGAAUUCGUAUCAGUACCAGUAGUUGCUGGCUUCACGUCAGCAUCAGCCAUCAUAAUUGCGAGCUCCCAAGUAAAAGGUCUGUUUGGAUUGAGCUACAGUUCCGAGGGAUUCGUGGAUUCCUGGACCAAACUGUUCCAGAAUAUUGGCAGCACGAGGAUGUGGGAUACGGUGCUGGGCGUCUGUUGCAUCAUCAGCCUACUGUGUCUCAGGAGACUAAAGGACAUUAGGCUGGGUGAACCUGGGAAGGAGACCAGUCGACAGAGAGCCCUCACCAAACUCUGUUUCUUCAUAGCUACAGGACGCAAUGCAAUGGUGGUUGUAAUUUGUGCUGUCAUAUCGUACAUCUUCAAGAGCCAAGGACAAACGCCAUUCGUACUUACAGGUCAGAUCGAGGCGGGACUUCCCCACGCCGGACCUCCCCCCUUCUCUACCUUUUACGGCAACCAGACCCACAGUUUUACUGACAUGGUGAGCCACUUGGGAUCCGGGAUAGCCAUUGUUCCCAUCAUUGCAAUUCUUGGCAAUGUUGCUAUCGCUAAAUCAUUUUCAAGCGGUGCUAUGUUGGACGCCACGCAGGAGAUGAUAACAUUGGGCCUCUGCAACGUCGUGGGCUCCUUCUUGCGGUCCAUGCCCAUCAGUGGAUCUUUUACUCGCAGUGCUGUCAACAACGCCAGCGGAGUUCGGACGCCAUUUGGAGGCCUCUAUACAGGCAUCAUGGUGAUCCUGGCACUGAGUCUGCUGACACCGUACUUCUACUUUAUUCCGAAAGCCACCUUAUCGUCUGUGAUUAUCUGUGCAGUACUCUUCAUGGUUGAGAUUGGCAUGGUGAAACCGAUGUGGAAGUCAAACAAGCGGGAUCUGGUGCCUGGGUUCCUCACCCUGAUUGCUUGCUUGGCCAUUGGCGUGGAACUGGGCAUUGUGAUCGGAGUGGCAGUCGACAUCGCCUUUCUUCUGUAUUUCAACGCCAGACCAGGUGUUCAGGUGGAGCGAUUUCAGUGUUCGUCCGGAGGACCUGAGUACGUAUUGGUGACGCCGAGCGCUGGACUGCUGUUUCCAGCUGUAGACUUUGUACGAGAGGCUGUGUCGAAGGCGGGGGCAGAGGAGGUGGACGUCGUGGUGCUCAACUGCCGCCAUGUGACCCGCGCGGACUUUACCGCGUCCCAGGGCAUCCAGUCACUCUUGCAGGACCUCAAGCGUCAAGACAAACAAGUCGUGUUUCAUAACCUGCGACCUUCCGUUGCCAAAAUUCUGAGCCCCACAGAGAAACUACGCACAUCAAACAGUGAUGUCGAGCUUGAGCAGCUUCUUAAAGGCCUGAAGUAUCAAGCAGCAAAUGAAAGCAGCAAAGAAUACACGAAACUAGAGAUGGCUGAAGUGUCAACAGGGCAAGAUAAUGUUCAACUCCAGCCAAGUACUGAACAAAAUGACACGAGAUUCUGAUUUUGCACAUGUCAAGGCUGUGAAAUUGCAGUCUCUCCUGUAUAAUGUGAAAAUGGGGCAGAUUAUUGGCAGCUCUGUGAUUUGCAAUGAGAGAGAUCUGAGAUUGAAUGCAGAGAAGAUGAAAAGUUGGUCACUGAUGACAUACUAGCACCCUUAAUUUGACCCAACCGCUGCUCACAUAUCUUUCUGCAGGUUUGUAACCAUGACUGAUGCAUUAGGCUACAUUAGUAUUUGUUGUCCUAUGUCCACUGUCUGUGGUAUAUUUGAUGUAUACGACAUUUCGAGAGUAUGCUCAUCUGAAGACGACAGCAGAGUCUUCACCCAAAAUAUGAACUUCAAACAAGAGGCAACAUCCAACAUAAUACUGACACCACUGCUCACAUAACGACCAUGUAGUCAGUUUUAAAAAGAGCAAGAAAUACAGAUAUAGCAUAAAGUAAUUAAACCUGGCAGUUCUGUAGUUCUGUCCUUAAUUUUCUUCAUAAAACCCCUACCUGUGUACAUGUGAAAUUGUACCUGUGCUCAAGUAAUUAUGAACUUAUAUGGUGGAAUUGAGGUAUAGAUAAAGUACGUGUAUUCUUGACUUCAGAACUGUAUGGUGAGUAGUCAGCUUCACACUCCAGCCUCACUACCCCAUGUACCCUUCAGCAAGGAGACUGGAUAUUCCCCUGUCUGUCAGUAUAAAUGUGGAGUCGAGGAAAAGAAUCCCUAUCCAGAAUUGAAACCUAAAAAUAAAAUUAGAAUAACAUUCUACCCUGAGCAUGGAGGCAGCAGGUUUCUCUGAAAUGUUGGUAAGCAUUUACCAAACUACAUAGCAUUAUAUUCCCAAAGAUGGCAUCCAUAUUAAUAGUACCAUAAAAUGGAACAACAUUCAGGAAGCUUGACAUUAAUCUAUAAAUUGUGUUUACCGACUGAAAGCUCUCUCUUGAUCUCUCCUUAACACAGUGACAAGGAUAUGUUUUUCAUGGAGAUGAAGUUGCUUUCUGGUUUUCCUUCACCUCUUUCUUUCAGGCAUUCUUUUGUUUUUCUUUCUUUCCUUUCCUCUUUACUUCAUUUC